UACGUAUAAUUCUUCCAUAUGUUUUGUCACCUUUCUAUGAGAAAAGAGGAUAGAGUCAAAGAAUUGGGCAAUUCAAGUCUCGUACAGCUGUUAAGGAAUUCCUGGAAAAAAAAGUCCGAUUUCUUUUAGAUGUUGAGAAAUCUGGAAGGAGAUGAAUUAUAUGGAUAAUCUAUGUUGCUUCAACUCUGUCUCUUCUCAGGUUGCCGGAGGGCGUUCUUCUUGUAGCUCUGGAAAGGGCAGAAGCCAUCAGGGCCCUGUCAAGUAUGGCUUUACCCUAGUGAAAGGAAAAGCAAAUCAUCCUAUGGAGGAUUUUCAUGUUGCAAAGUUUGCUCAACUUCAAGGACAUGAACUCGGACUUUUUGCUGUAUAUGAUGGCCAUCUAGGCGACAGUGUACCUGCCUAUUUGCAAAAGAAUUUGUUUUCCAAUAUCUUAAAGGAUGAGGAGUUCUGGACCGAUCCCACCACGUCCAUCUCUAAAGCUUAUGAGAAGACAGACCAGGAAAUUCUCUCACACAGUCCUGACCUGGGACGAGGGGGGUCCACGGCUGUCACUGCAAUUUUGAUUGACGGACAGAAAUUAUGGGUGGCCAAUAUUGGAGAUUCACGCGCCAUUCUCUCGAAGAGUGGGCAGGCAAUACAAAUGAGUAUCGAUCAUGAGCCCAACACAGAGCGGGGAAGCAUUGAGAACAGAGGCGGCUUCGUCUCGAACAUGCCAGGAGACGUUGCGAGAGUGAAUGGCCAACUUGCUGUUUCCCGUGCUUUUGGCGACAAGAACCUUAAAUCACAUCUCCGAUCUGAUCCUGAUAUACAAAAUGCCGAUAUCAACUUGGAUACUGAAUUUCUCAUCCUUGCAAGUGAUGGAUUAUGGAAGGUCAUGUCCAACCAAGACGCAGUCGACAUUGUGAAAAAGACCAAGGAUCCACAGAGGGCGGCACAACAGCUAGCGAAGGAGGCAUUGAACCGAGACAGCAAGGACGAUAUCUCCUGUAUCGUAGUUCGUUUCAAGGGGUGAAAGCAAAACACGAACACGACGGAGAAAACUCUUCCUCGACUGCGCAAGACAAAGAAUCAAAGGGGUAAACAUCAUGCAUCAGUUCUCAUGAAAUGAUGCUGUAAAUUAACAAUAUCCGGUACUACUCCUUGUCUCUGUAAAAUCGCUUGAUUUCUUCCAUUUGUAGAGUGAUUCCAUCAUUUUUCUGUAUAAUUUGCUCUGAAGCCAUUGGUUUUCUAUAAAACUGCAAA